CAAUUGGGCUUGACCACUAACGUACGGGGAGAUAUUCCCCCGAACUUCGCAAAAUGCAUGAAUCAAUGUACAAUUGUUAUUACUAAUUGGAGAUAGAUACAGAUAUUUUUAACACGCAGUAAUACUGGUGUUGCUGUCAGAAACUCUAACUAGUCACGGAUUACUCCGAGUUCCAAUUUGAAAAUGGUAGAAUCCAUUGUUUGAAACCAGAACGCGUUCGUCAUCACCAAGAUGCAAUCCAAUCGCCAGCCAUUGUUUUUCAACUAAAAUCGAGGACAGUAACAUGCAGGAGAAGAUCGAUUUUGAGAUCCGUAUGCGGGAUGGGGCAUACAGACUCCUGUUGGCCGGCACCAAGAAAGAGCAGAUCCUAAACGCCUCUAAAAAUCUCCUGACCUGCAAUACUCGGAUUAAGGCCUACAUGACAGAGCUGCACGAGGAGGAUCACCAUGAUAAGAGAAUAGUAUCUCAUAGGGGGCUGUCAGAUCCAGUUUCAAAUGAUCGUGUGGCCUGUAAAGGAAAAGUGGCCUUGUCUGGGCUGCGAAUACCCUUGAUGUGGAAAGAUUCAGACUAUUUUAAUAACAAAGGCAGCUCACGGCGGGUUGCCGUCUUCUGCCUGAUGAGAAUUGGAUCUGAAGUUUUUGACACUGAGAUGGUGGUUGUGGACAGAUCAAUGACUGAUAUUUGUUUUGAGGGUAUAACAAUUUUUAAUAAGGUUAGCCCUGAAUUUGAGAUGAAACUGGAGCUCUAUAGUUGUGCCAUAGAGGAGGAGACCACCCUGGUCAACACCCCAAAGAAACUGGCGAAGAAGUUCUACAGCUCUAUUGGCAGAGUGUCUAGAAGGAAACUUGACCCCCUGCUUGAGACUGGAGACCCAGAUGCUUUCCUUCUGUCCAACCCAAUACCCCUUGGGGCAAGGUACAGCCUCCUGGCAUACACUUCUCUGGGGUUGGCCUGGGCUGAUGGGGGCUUCCAGUCCCAUUCUCUCAUUGUCAUCCAGGAUGCUGAGUCAUCGUCCUGGUUGCCUCUCUAUGGCAACUUGUGCUGUCGUCUGGUUGCCCAGCCUGCUUGUAUGACCCAGGACAUGAUGAGUGGCUAUCUGAGUCACCAGGACAAUGUGGAAGGCCUGUUCCGGUGCUGUAGUCUGUACUGUGUGCUUAAGGCUGGAAAUCUGUCCUGCUACUACAGCCCUGAAGAAAUCACUGCCAAGGUGGAGCCCAGCCUUGUCAUACUCAUCAACAAGGACACUAGGAUCCGUGUGCAGGAUAAAGACACUAAGAAGAGGUCCAACAGUCUGACGAUAAUCAACCCGGUGCGGGGGGUGGCUCUGACCAACGUCUUCACCGCUGACAGUAGAGAGGAGCUUGAGGACUGGACCGAGGCUUUCUGGCAGCACUUCUACGACCAGAGUCAAUGGCAGCACUGCUGUAGUGAGCUGAUGAAUAUUGAGGUCAAGUCACCAAAGAAACACCCGCUGUUUCUCAACAAACAGGCCAAUUCUGUCUACAAUGACCUAAGUAUUCAUUCUCCGGGAAAGUUUGAGAGUAUCACCGACAUCAUCCAUAACAAGAUUGUGGAAACGGGGGGCCACUUCCUCAUUGGUCAGGAGGAGGUAAGGGAACCUCCAAAUUUGUCCACUCUGUUUGAUGGGUCCCACCGCAUUGUGGUGCAGAAGAGGAUUCUGUCUCCAGACAAAGAAAGCCACUGUCCCACCCCCACUCCCAGCUCCAAUGGUUACAAGAAGAGGUGUGCCCCACCCCCACCUGCUGACAAGCAGCCUUAUGUCCUCCCACCAUCCAGACCCCCACCGCCAUAUCAGGAAAAGGAGAACAUUGUGACUGGGGCAAGAACCAUGAGAGGAAGGCCCUCGCUGGAUGCUAAAUUCUCAGCCAUAUUCCAGCAGCUACAAAGGAACCCUGGCAUGUCCCGAAAAAAUGCCCCUCUGGGCCAGAAGGAGCCUUUCCAGCAGGAGCUGGAGUACCCCCGCACUCCUGAUGUUCCUCCCCGGCCUACCCCAGUCCCUGCUCCACGCAACAAACUGAGGAAGUCCUUCGGGGAGAAGAUAAACCCUAAAGCCUGGUGACUGAGUGAACAAGCCCCCUAACCUGGGGUUUAAUAUUGAGUUUCUUUAUUGAUAAGAUCUAACCUGGUUUGUUAUGGAAAUGACUGAAUGUUAAACCGUACGUCUUAAUUUUAUCUAUGUCUAAAUACUACCUUUUGGAAUAAUGGCAUGGAUGGACAGCAAACUGUGGAACUUUCUGAGUUAAGUUUUUUUGGUUUGUUUGAAAUACUGUCAUUUCUAUUGCUAACUAACCAGUACAAUAUGACUGAUAAUGGACUUAGUUUUAGCUAUAGCAUCACUGAAACAAACAUGAGAUACACCUAAUGCAGGGAUCUAAUGCAGUUAUUAAAUGGAAUGAUCCCACAGGCCAGUCAAGGAAGAAUAUGUUUGGUGUUGUACUCCGUAUGAGCUGUGGCGUAAUUACUGAAAUGGGACAUUACUUUCUAAUGCACCAAACUAAUGAACUGUGGUCUGAGCCAGUUAAUAUAUUUGUUUUUUACAUAAGUAAAAUGGUAAUAAUGGGGUUUAUAGAAAUCUUUGGGAAUUUCAGAUUCUAGAAUGCAACUCCUUCCUGAAAAAUUAGGCUAAUAGUGGUAAUAAGAGAUUUUUUUAUACUUAUUGUUAAUCACAAUUCACUGUUAGAUCUUUUGGAUUGCCCUAACAUGUUAGAUUGUUCUGUUACCCUCCACUCACCUACUGUAUGAUCGUAUCAGUUUUGAUGCUGAGGAUUAAAUCUGAUUUGAAUUACAAUGUGACAUGUUUUUAUUUCAAUGUCUUAACUCACACUAUAGAAGCUUUCAAGUCAGACUGAAGACUAUGGAAGCUUAAAGUAGUAACCAAAUUAUUCUUUAAUCCACGUUAUCCCAAACUCUGUCCUGAUUGCAAUAAUCAACUAAACAUUGCGCAUUGAUUAUUUCAAUCUGCUAUUUAGUGUUAGGGUAGAAACUGAAGUGUACCCAUGAGACCCAGGACUGACUUUGGGACAUUCUGAUUUAGUCUAACAGUGCAGUUUCAGUGCACCAGCAGGCUCAGGAACCGUUUAUUUCUAUCUACUGUAACCCUGCUUAACUCUGACCCAUCACUAACCAUACCCUGCCUCACAG